UGGUGUACCCGUCAGACUGCUCUUCCCUGAAGUUUUCACGGUACGACACGUUGUUUCUGUACUACCUAACAGCCUUCGCUAUCACCAAGAUCAACCUCCUUGCCAAGAUAGUGCUGUAAUGCCAGGAUCCGCCGAGAUAGAAUGCGGAACAAGUCUGAGGACUAGGUUUCUUUAAAAUAUGCCGUACAACGGAAAAUACGUCCAAGGAGUUGGCUGGACCCUAGUGGUGCUGGGAUCUCUCAACAUCAUCCUGGGUGUAGUAGCCGAUGUCCUGUUUGGAGUGACGGGUGCAUUCACCAUCUUCCACUACAUCAGUACACCCAUCUGGUGUGGGGUUAUGGUCCUCGUAAGUGGCAUUGUGGGGAUUUGCAGUGGAAAAAAUUCAACAAGCAAGGGUCAGAUGGUGGCGUUCUUGGUCUGUGGAACGGUAACCAUCUUCUUUGGGAUCACUCUGCUCCUGAUCGCCACUAUCGGCGCUCUUGUCGAUGGAAAGGAUUGUGACCGAGAGCAUAAAAGCUAUCACAACCCCUGUUCAUCGCCAGCCAUUGCCCUGCAUGCAGUGAAUGGUGCUCUUGCUCUGGCUGAGAUUGUCAUAGCCUUUGUAGGUUCCAUCAUGUCCUGCAGCGGGCUGGCAAGUCCUACGGUAGCAUACAACCAACUGUCUCCCAACGGUCAACCAUCAUACGUCAUUGUGCCACCAGGAGCACAAGGUGUUCCCUACCCACAGCAGCAGGUGUUCGUCGCCCAGCGCCCAUAUCCUACUCAGGGGUACUAUGGAACUAUGGCCCCGCCACCUUACGUACCGCAGUCCAACAUUGGGGCAGCGCCUGCAGAGUCUAAAACUCUGACACCUGCAUAAAGUUGAUACACGAGACCUUUCCCAAGUACUUGAUUAUCUCCUUUGUAUCAUUGAGAUAUUAUAACUGUUGCUAAAUCUUCCAAAGAGUUCUUGCCACAACCUUGUCUCCUUUGUGUAACAUUUUACACAGGUUAAUAAUUACGUGAAUACAAUAGUAGAUAUGGUCACUAACUCACUGUUGUACAUGUAAGACUAAACGGUGAAAUGGGUAAAGUCAUUGAUGUGAUAUGUUUGUUCAUGUAGAGGAUCGGACGCUUUUUCAACUGAGGCUCCUGCAUUUGACAAGGUUAUAGAUAUUGAUAACAAUGGUUUGUAAAAUAAAGUCAAAUGAUUAUCAAA